AUGGCGAAGGCAAGAGUUGGAAUUGAAGCAGAGAAGAGAAGAGGAGAAGAAAACUAUAGAUGGGUUGCAGAGGCAGAGAUAGAGGUUUGUGAAAUGGGAAAAACAUCUGUUAAUGUGGAAACUUAUAUCAAUUUCAUGCACUCUGAGCUGGCUGUGUUUUUUCUACCGAGCUUGCCCCUCCAGCCAUUCCUCUCAUCUGUCUUCACUCCGUCACCGAGGCGAAGCAGAGAAUCUUUUCUUGUUUUCUUCGUGGAUUGUAUUAGCCCAAUCUUGGAUAUUGCCACCCGUUUAUGGGAUUGCACUGACAAGCGGGCUGUUUAUGUCCGGGAGCUCCCAGAAAAUCUCAUCUUUUUGAGGAAUGCAAUGGAGAAACUCCAGAAUGUCUAUGAAGAUGUGAAGGACAAGGUGGAACGUGAAGAGAAACUUCAGAAGAAGCGUACUCGUGUGGUAGAUGGCUGGCUCCGCAAUGUAGAAGCCAUUGAAAAAGAAGUGAAGGAAACACUGGCGGAAGGUGAUGAAGAAAUCCAGAGGAAAUGUCUGGGAACCUGUUGUCCCAAAAACUGCCGUGCCAGCUACAAGAUUGGGAAGAAGGUACGUGAAAAGAUGGAUGUUGUGGCUUUAAAGAAUAGGGAGGGCUUAGAUCUCAGUGUGGUGGCUGAAACUUUGCCUAGUCCUCCCGUGAUCCUGAGGCCUUCGGAAAAGACCGUUGGCUUAGAUUUGUUGCUUCGGGAGGUCUGGAGCUUCCUCCAAGAUGACAAAGUGGGAAGUAUGGGAAUAUAUGGAAUGGGGGGUGUGGGGAAAACCACCCUCUUGAAGAGAAUCAACAACGAGUUCCUCCAAACAGGCUAUGAAGUCGAUGUAGUCAUUUGGGUUGUUGUGUCCCAACAAGGGAACGUGGAAAAGGUCCAGGAAACCAUUCUCAAUAAGUUGGAGAUUGCUGAAUACAAAUGGAAAGAUAGGAGCGUGCAUGAAAGGGCUGAAGAAAUAAUCAGUUUCUUGCAAACAAAGAAAUUUGUGCUCUUGUUAGAUGAUAUAUGGAAGCAGCUUGAUCUUUUGGAAGUGGGGAUUCCUCCUUUGAAUGAUCAAAAUAAGUCCAAAGUAAUAUUUACAACACGGUUUUCAACUGUGUGCCACGACAUGGGAGCUAAAAGCAUUGAAGUUGAGUGCUUGGCAUGGGAGGAAGCUUUUUCUUUGUUUCGGACCAAGGUAGGAGAAGACACCUUAAAUUCUCAUCCAGAUAUACAAAAGCUUGCGGAGAUUUUUGUCAAAGAGUGCAAAGGCCUUCCACUUGCCCUCAUUACAGUUGGAAGAGCAAUGGCCGAAAUGAAAACACCGGAGGAAUGGGAGAAAAAAAUACAAAUCUGGAAGCGCUAUCCAUCAGAAUUUCCAGGUAUGGGGGAUCGUCUAUUUCCACUUUUAGCAUUCAGUUAUGAUAAUUUAUGUGAGGACACCGUCAAAUCAUGCUUCCUUUACUGCUCUAUAUUCCCCGAGGAUUAUGAAAUCCCUUGUAAUCAACUCACACAACUUUGGAUGGGGGAGGGCUUUCUGGACGAGUACGACGACGUUUGUGAAGCAAAUGCUAAAGGAGAAAAUAUUAUGGAAAAAUUAAAGCUUGCAUGCCUGUUGACGUCUGGUGAAUCUCACGGACGUGUGAAAAUGCAUGAUGUCAUUCGUGAUAUGGCUUUGUGGAUAGCUUGUGAAAAUGGGAAGAAGAAGAACAAAUUUGUGGUAAAAGAGCAAGUUGAAUUGAUUAAAGGCCAUGAAAUUACAAAAUGGAAGAACGCACAAAGGAUAUCAGUUUGGAAUAGUGGUAUCGAAGAAUGCAUGGCACCACCACCUUUUCCUAAUCUUGAGACUCUGUUGUCAGUGGGUGGAUUGAUGAAGCCAUUUCUAAGUGGGUUCUUUAGAUAUAUGCCUGUCAUAAGAGUGCUGGCCUUGGUAGAAAACUAUGAACUGACGGAGUUACCUGUGGAGAUUGGUGAAUUGGUUACAUUGCAGUAUCUUAAUUUAUCACUCACGGGAAUAAAAGAGCUACCAAUGGAGCUUAAGAAAUUGACAAAACUGAGGUGCUUGGUAUUGGAUGACAUGCUUGGGCUUAAAACAAUUCCACAUCAAAUGAUAUCAAGUCUUUCAUCUUUGGAAUCGUUCAGUUUUUACAAUUCUGGAGCCACCAUUGGAGAUUGCAGUGCCUUAUUACAGGAGUUAGAGAGCUUGGAACACCUGAACGAGAUAUUCAUCACACUUAGAAGUGUCACUCCUGUAAAAAAAUUACUGAACUCUCACAAGUUACUAAGGGGCAUAAAUCGGCUACAUGUAGAAUCCUGCAACCACCUGAGCUCACUCAAUGUGUACCCUUAUCUGCAGAAACUUGAAAUAAACAUAUGUGAUGACUUGGAAGAUGUGAAAAUCAUUGUGGAAAAGGAAAGGGGUGGGGGAUUUGCAGCAUAUAAUGUGGUCCAAUCAAACAUGGCAAAGCACCAAAACUUCUGCUAUCUUAGUCAUGUAGCGAUAUGUCAUUGUCCAAAAUUGUUGAACUUAACCUGGCUUAUUUAUGCUAUACGCCUUCAAUUCCUUAAUGUUAGUUUCUGUGAUUCAAUGGAAGAAGUGGUAGAAGAUAAAAAGAAUGGAGUUUCAGAAAUUCAGCAAGAGUUAGGCCUAUUCUCAAGACUCGUGUCUCUCCAUUUGUCUUGUCUACCAAAUCUAAGGAGAAUAUAUAGAAGGCCUCUACAAUUUCCUAGAAUAUAUAUAUAUAUAUAUAUAUAUUCCAGGAACGCAUCUCUGAUUUUCCAUGGUUACUUUUCUCCGGCAUUCUUCACCCCUGACCUCUCAGACCCAUCAACUGUUUUACUAUUCUGA